AGUAAGACGCCAUUUUAGUCAAGAUGGAAAUAAAGCAGAAGCAUACUCCAAAAUUCUGUUCCACUUCAACCACAUUAUUAGUAUAAUUUGAGAUUCUACUCUCUUCAAUUAUAACUUAAUCCCUCAAAUAUUCCAUAUUAUCUCACACCAUUUUCCAGAUUCGGAAGUCUAAAUUACAUACCACAACAGGAAGAAAGUGUGGCUAACAACGAAAUGAGUUUACCCUUUAUACUCGGGGUGAUUUCAUCACUCUAUCUCGCCACAACUAUGGCGCUAGCGGUAUCUUGGUCCAAGCCUAAUUGUCCAUCAACGUGUGGAAACGUCACAAUUCCGUAUCCUUUCGGUAUUGGCCCUUCGUGCAGUUUCAAUUCGUCCUUCGAAAUCAACUGCACCAGCCAACAAAACUCGACCGGGGUAGUAGUACCAUUCUUGAACAUCAUAAGUAUGGAAGCGCUCGAUCUUUCCGUGCAUGGUACCGUCACAGUGAAGAAUCCGGUUACACCAAUGAAAUGCUCCGAUACGCAAGAAACGCGCCACUUGGUUAGAUCACUGGAAAAAACCCCAUUCACCAUCUCGGGCCAAUACAAUUCGUUGGCUGUUUUGGGGUGUCAGAAUUCGGUGUGGCUGCGUGCUAACGCAACAACCACGGUUGGUGGAUGCAUGGCCAUAUGUGAUGCCAAUUCUACAGACACCAGUUGCAAUGGUGUCAACUGCUGCCAGACAAUAAUCCCAUCUCGGCUACAUGAGCUCAAAUAUACGUACCAAGGCAUUCGAUCCGGUAUUCACAAUGUCACGUGCGGGUAUGCUUUCCCUGUCGAAAAGAAAUGGUUCGUAAAUGAAUACAAAAGGUAUAAGGGCCUUCAGAGUAAUCUGUUAAAUCCUUAUGACCAGAAUUUUGGAUAUGCACCACUGGUGCUUGAGUGGGAACUCGAGAACCCGGAAUCUUAUCUUUAUCAAGGUUCUUGCAGAUUCUCCAGUAUCAGCAGAAAUUACGACGUUUUUUCGUUAAACCCGACAUUUUCAAAGCUUGCUUACAUAUCUUCUAUCCAAUAUUGCUAUUGCGGAUAUGGGUAUGAAGGGAACCCAUAUACACUAUCAGGAUGCAGUGAUAUUGAUGAAUGUAGCAUUAAUGCAACAUUGACUCGAUGUUUAAAUGGAACUUGUCACAACUUAGAAGGGAGUUACACAUGUAACUAUGACAAUUAUUAUGGAGAUGGUAAUAAUAGAUCUCGAGUCAAAAUAGCAUUCAUCAGUGUUGGCAGCGCGCUCGGUGCACUAAUUUUGCUCUUCGGAGCAUGGAAAUCUAUCAGAGUCGUCAGAAAAAGAAUCAAGGCUAACCGCAAACGUAAGUUUUUCAAGCGGAACGGAGGUUUGUUAUUGCAACAACAGUUAUCUUUAGCGGAGAACGGCCUAGAGAAGACAAAGUUGUUCAGUUCCAAGGAGUUGGCACAAGCAACCGAUCGUUACAAUGAAAAUCGUGUACUCGGUCGUGGUGGGCAAGGUACCGUCUACAAAGGAAUGUUGACUGAUGGAAGAAUUGUGGCUGUCAAAAAGUCCAUGAAGUUAGAAGAAGGCGAUCUCGAAGUGUUCAUUAACGAAGUUGUUAUUCUAUCGCAGAUAAACCAUAGGAAUGUGGUCAAACUAUUGGGGUGUUGUUUGGAGACCGAAGUUCCACUUUUAGUCUACGAGUUCAUACCCAACGGCACACUCUUCCAACACGUCCACGAUCCAAACGAGGACUUCCCUUUAUCUUGGGAAAUGCAAGUGCGUAUUGCAAGAGAAGUGGCGGGGGCGCUCUCGUACUUGCACUCUUCUGCUUCUACACCUAUUUAUCACAGGGAUAUCAAGUCGACGAAUAUAUUAUUGGACGAUAAAUAUCGUGUCAAAGUUGCCGAUUUCGGGACAUCAAGAUCGAUCGGUAUCGAUCAGACACACUUGACAACACAAGUACUAGGAACAUUCGGUUACUUGGAUCCAGAGUACUUCCAAUCGAGCCAGUUUACAGACAAGAGCGAUGUUUACAGCUUCGGUGUUGUUGUCGUGGAGCUUUUGACGGGGGAGAAAGCCAUCUCUUCUAUUAGAGCCGAUGUGGGGAGGAGCUUGGCGACACAUUUCUUGCACUCGAUGGAGGAGAAUCGCCUAUUCGACAUACUUGAUGCGAGGGUGAUGAAAGAGGGGAAGAGAGAGGAGAUUGUGGCGAUUGCAGAGAUUGCUAAGAGAUGUCUGAAUUUGAAUGGAAAGAGAAGGCCGGCUAUGAAGGAAGUUGCUGUGGAGUUGGAAGGAAUUCAAAUGAUGAAAGAAGAUUCAACAGUUUACAUGCAAAAUGAAGAAGGCAACAUAGAGUAUGUACCUUCAAUUCGUGAUCAAGUUGCCGAGUCUUAUGAUUUUUCGUCAAUCUCAACGAGCAUGCAUUUGGAUGAUUCAGUAACUGCAUAUUUACCGAAUGAUGAUCGUCCAUUGCUUGACGAGCCGUGAAGAAUACAUAUAUAAUAUAGUUAUCUCUCAUCUUUUAUCUAUUAUAUGGUUCUAGUUUCAUGUAACCUGCAACUUAAUUAUUUAAUUUUCGAUAUCGUCAAACUGUCUUGUUAUAAUUUUAUUAUGUACUGGGGUUGAUCUUUACCCCAAUUUUUCUAAAUUGUUUUUCAAGAA